AUGAGUCUUGUUUGCAUAGAUGUUAAAACGCGAUGGAACUUUACAUACUUAAUGUUAGUAGCAGCCUUAAAGCAUCAAAAGGCAUUUGAGCUAUUAGAGAUGCAAGACAAAAAAUUUUUUGAAGAACUAAACAAGGGAAGAGGGGUACCUUUAAUUCAAGAUUGGGAUUAUGCUAAGUCCGUCUUACCAUUUUUAGAGAUGUUUUACGAUGCUACACUUUGUAUUUCUGGAUCCUCUUAUGUCGCUAGUAACUUAUACAUGAAAGAAGUGUUUGCUCUUGGAAGCAGGAUUCAACAAUAUCGUGAUGAUGAUGAUUUGAGCAUAAGUCUCAUGGCAAUUCUAGAUCCUUGCCAUAAAUUGGAUUAUGUUGAGUGGUGCCUAGUUAAUUCUUUUGGUGCAGAAGUGGGUGGUGAAUUGAAGAAAAAGUUGUCUUCUUGUCUUCAUUCACUUUAUAAUUUAUAUCAAGGUGCAGAUGAAGGAAACCAAGAUGAUACCCUCUCCCAACCGAGUGCAAACUGUGAGCCAGAUGAUAAGCCUUUGGAUAUUCUAGAAUGGUGGAAGGUUAACUCGAAUCAGUUUUUCGUCCUAGCAAAUAUGGCACGGGAUAUAUUGGCUAUACCAUUUUCAACAGUAGCUUCUGAGUCUACUUUUAGUAUGGGGGAAAGAAUCAUCGAUCAAUAUCGUAGCUCAUUGACUCCUAAGAUGGUAGAAGCCCUUGUAUGUACCGAAGAUUGGCUUAAAGGAGACUUUUUCUCUUCUCUUCCACCUGAGAAUUUUGAAGAGCUUGAAAAGGUCGAGCAAGAUUUGAUUUUUUCAGAGGGCAUUGCUUGUUCAGUGGGUCCAAGUUCAAUUGUGCUUGAGAAUGACUAG